UAAUUUAGAAACAACGUAUAAAAAGGGUUUCCUUUCGAAACAAAGAUUCGUGGUCCUAAUCCUAAUUAGGGUUUAUAAGUUUAAAACCUUUCAUCACUGAUCGUUAAAAUUUUCCCGCGAAAGAUGGAUCCUGAUGGACAACGAACCCCAGCCAGCGCAUCGGCAGUGAUGGCUUCACUUCUAAGCAAGAGAGCCAAGCUUCUCGAAGAGCUACGUAACAUUGAACGACAGGUCUAUGAUAUGGAGACAAGUUAUUUACAAGAUCCAAGCCAAUGUGGCAAUGUAUUGAAAGGUUUUGAAGGGUUCUUAUCUUCAUCUAAGAACACUGCACUGUAUGGAGUGGCCAUUAUAUACUUUCUCUUUCAUUUCUUCUACUUGAAAAGAAUAAAUU